UGGAGGCGGCGGCGGCGGGUUUAGGGGAGGUGGCGGCGGUGGAGACCGAAUGGGAGGCCUGGGGUCUAACCUGAGGAACAUCCAGUGGGACCUCGAUUCGCUUCACAAGUUCGAGAAGAACUUUUACAUCGAGCACCCGGACGUGUCCAAGCGCUCGGAAGAAGAGACGACCGCCUGGCGCAACAAGUGUGGCAUUGUUAUCCAGGGAGAGGGUAUCCCCAAGCCUGCCAUGACCUUCGAGGAGGCCUCCAUGCCUGAGUACGUGCUGCGUGAGGUCAUGAAGCAGGGCUUCAGCGCGCCCACGCCUAUCCAGAGCCAGGGCUGGCCCAUGGCCUUGCUCGGGCGGGACAUGGUGGGCAUCUCCGCCACCGGUUCCGGCAAGACCCUGGCGUUCUUGCUGCCGGCUAUGAUCCACAUCAACGCACAGCCGUACCUAGAGCAGGGAGACGGCCCGAUCGUCCUGGUCGUGGCGCCGACCCGCGAGCUGGCGGUGCAGAUCAAGGAGGAGUGCGACAAGUUCGGUAGGUCUUCGGAGAUCAAGAACACGUGCGUGUACGGAGGCGUGCCCAAACGCGUCCAGGUUAACGACCUGAGCCGGGGGGUCGAGAUCGUGAUCGCCACCCCCGGCCGCCUGAUCGAUCUUCUCGAGUCGGGAAAGACUAACCUGCGCCGCGUCACGUACCUGGUUCUGGACGAGGCAGACCGCAUGCUGGACAUGGGGUUCGAGCCCCAGAUCCGCAAGAUUGUGAGCCAGAUCAGGCCCGACAGGCAGACGCUCAUGUGGAGCGCUACCUGGCCCAAGGAGGUGCAGGCGCUGGCGCGUGACUUCCUACACCACUACUACCAGGUGACGGUGGGAUCCCUGGAGCUUGCGGCGAACAAGGACAUCAAGCAGAUCAUCGAGUGCACGGAGGACUUCAACAAGUACCGCAGUCUCGGCAAGCACCUGCAGCAGCACGGCCACAACGGUAAGGUGCUGGUGUUCGUGGAGACCAAGAAGGGCUGCGAUGCGCUCACACGCUCCCUCCGGCAGGACGGGUACCAGGCCCGCUGCAUCCACGGCGACAAGACACAGGAGGAGCGCGAUUACGUCCUCAAGGACUUCAAGGGCGGGAACUUCCAGGUGCUGGUGGCAACGGACGUGGCCGCGCGCGGGCUCGAUGUGAAGGACAUCCAGAUGGUGAUCAACUUCGACUUCCCCAACAACAUGGAGGACUACAUCCACCGCAUCGGGCGGUGCGGCCGAGCGGGCGCUAAGGGCGUGGCCGUGAGCUUCUUCGGCUCAAAGAACUCCCGCAACGGCCGCGAGCUCAUCAAGAUCCUAACCGAGUCGGAGAACCACGUCCCGCCGGAGUUGCAACAGAUGCAGAUGAUGGGCGGCGGCGGCGGGGGCCACAGCCGAUACCGCCGCUAGGCCCUUAAGGAGGAAAAUGGGAACAGGAGCGUUUUGAUUUUUGCUCAAGUGGUAGGCCGGCUUUUGCUCGCGGGGCAUUGGGGAGGGAGUGCGUGGUGCGAUCCAAGCAUGUACUUGUGGAUGACUCAAGCAGACUUAUUUUGGUCGGAAGGUUGUGUUCUCGCUCUCUCGGUCGCUGCGGCGGCGGGUGUCGGUGUCACAACAACGUGUCUCGAGAGACUUCAGGGGUACAGCGGUAGAUGGUGGUGGUGAAUAGUGCUUGGUGUUGAAGACGGGCAUGCCGUGGGGUGUUUUCAUAGCGAAUGACUGACUGCUUGUCGAUGGGGGGGGGGGUAAUUGGGGGUUGUAGGUUUAGGUGCUGGCGACGAUGGGUACACUUAUGAUUAGAUAGUUUGCGUUUUUUUAAGGUUGGAGGUAGGUGUGUCGGCCUGUCUCGAUGAAAUUGGUCUGGGAUAUUUUUUCUUCUAAAGAUGUUUCUUUGUUUUGACUUGUUUGUUUCCGCCGCCGUGUCGAAACAGCAGUCUCGUGUGGCACGACCCUCCAUCUCUUGCCCCCGAGUAAAUAACACAAAGGGAGAAAAAGGGCUGUGUUGCUUAGACGGCUUACAGGUUCGGUUUUGUACGUGCCCCUGCGUGCGGCAGCAGUAACGUAGCAGAGCGUGCGGGUAGUACGCACGAAAGCCCGAUAGCUGUCUCCGACGGUCCCCGUUCACUUGUUGGUGUUGGCGCCCCCUGUGUCCUCGUGGGUGGAUGUGGGCUCGGUUGCGGACGGUUACACACCAGGGAAGUGGAUGUCUUUGGGGGGUACCGUCGUGCUUAUUUCAGGAUGAGACAACAGGUGAAAGAAGGCGUUGUUGCGGGGCCGCGGGGGGGGCGGUAGAGAAGACGGGUCAGUUGGAAGACGAUCGGAAAAGGAGAUGGGUCUCACUCGACCGGUGCUGUUCCGUCGUGCCGCUCGCGAAACAGGCACCGUUCAGGGAGCGAUAACUCCAAUGCUGCCUGCGCUCGAGGCGAGAGGUCGUGGUACUGGUGUUAUUGGAACAUAGACUAGACGAACGAGGAGCUUCAAAAUCUAUGCUUUCAAAGCACUGAUGAACCAAGCACGCACCGGCCGAAUCGUGUGCUGUUUUGGUUUUGUCGUGUUUGGGAGUAAGUGCGUUGGGUUUCGCAUAUAUAUGCGUCCAUGUGCUUCAGUGUCAACUUCCGUCCCUAUGCCACGCAUUUUUUGUCACUGGGUAUGUUGUCCGUAGUACGGAAGAGGCGGUCUCUUUCGGGCCCCCCUCCAGCUUAGUGCGAUUUCUCAACAGGGAGCUUCAGUCCGUCUUUCAACAGCCAGCAACCGCUGGUGGCGUGUUGGGCCAGUAGAGGGCGUGUCUGGUUGACUUACGGUGGUAGCGUGGUAACAGCAGCAGUAGAGCAGCUGCAUUCUCAGCGCUCGUUGUGGGUGGUGGAAGGAGAAGUCGUGGACGAUCGUUUCCUCUCAAGGGGAUGGUGUCGACCGCCGGCCAUUGAGUUGAGGAACGAUAUCGGAGAUGCCGACAAGAACAGAAGGGAACGCGAGGGGAGCCUACACUGCUAUGGGUCGGGAAACAAUUGAAGCAAUCACCUCAGCCAAUAUUUUGUUGCUCUUCUUUGGGCUGCUUGCUGGGAAGCGUGUGAUUUUGAGCCCCCCAUCACGUGAUUUACCAAU